UAUCUAUGGAACUAGUUGCCAAAGCGUCAUAAGGGACUCAUGUUACCAGCGACGCACAAACGUCAGACGUCAGCUGACCGCCAGUAGUAUCGGUCCCCACUUCCGACGUCUCUCGCGCUCAUUUUCAACAAUUAAUUACUCGAACACAAAGCCUCGUACGCAAUUUCGUAAUUCUCGAUUUCUAUCUUGUUUCUACACGUAGAACCACAGUGUUUUAUUUCGAGCCUCUUUCGUUUCAUCGCCUGUCCUAACUUGAUCGUUUCUUCUAUUAGGUGGACUGGAAAAUAAUGUCGUUUUUGCCAUCUGAAAUACUUGUUUAUCAUUUAUCAGUUCAUUGAUUUUUCUGGCAUUGAAAAUUUGCACAGUAGGCGACAAAAGGCUGCUGACAAUGAAGACGAUUGUAUAGUGAAUUAAAGAUAGAAAUUUAUUGGAAAGUUUGAAUUUAAUGUAAAAGAAACGACAUUACUUUUCGGUUUACCUAAUAUUAGGUUGUCCCAAAACUUUCUCUCGCUUUAUUAAUAAGUAAUACAUGCACAAUAGUUUAUGUUUUAUGUUACAUUACUGAAUCGUGCACGAUUCAUUUUGCUACAUCACUGUUACAACAUGAAUAUCUAUGAAAUUAGAUUGUCUAUUUAUAUAAACACGACCACAUCGAAUAAUUGAGUGGAACUUUCGGUCUACCUACUACAAUCUUGUCAUAACGUUUCAUUGUUAUUCGUGGGAUUGAUAUCAACCGUCGUUAACCCUUUGCUGUCCUAUGUCGAGUGAGACUCGACAGAACUGUACCGAAGUCAGAAAAUCUGGCUCGCAAAGGACACGCUACGCGAUCAUGCUCCCGGGCGUAGCGUUAUUGUCAUUGGCGGUGGCCUUCGCGAGCGCCGAGAGCAUCUUAACGACGGAGGUGUUCGUCAUUCCCAUCAGGCCAGAGACUUUCGACUGGAGCAGCGGCGACGGAAGAUCCGAUCAGUUUUCGUAUCAACCUUCGCUGCUGAACGCGCCCGACCUUCCCUCGUGGAUCCACUACACGUACAGCAAACGAGAUCAUCGCGGAUUUCUGUAUGGGGUCGCCCCCAAGGAUCAGAAAUACUUUCAGCUGGAGAUCGUGGGCCUGAACAAGCACACGUACGAAACGAGACACAAAGUCCUCGAUAUGAACGUCCUCGAGAAGGAGAAUCUGACCAAAUACGAGGUUCAUCUGAAAAUCGAUAAUCUGAACGUGGAGGACAUGUUCGACCGCAACAGAACCGAGAAGCUUCUCGAUAUAUUUAGGAAAAAGCUGUGGAAAAACGCUACGGAUCUGUACGUGACAUUCCUCGCGUCCGCCAUCGAGCUGGGUGCUCGCCUUCCUCUGAAACCGAGCGAGGGUGAAGGAGUCGUUGUGAGGCUAGGAAGUUCGUUACCGUUCUCGCAAGAGCUGAACGAACUGCAAGAAGAGGUGAAGCCACUGUGGAAAUUGUCUUCUUGUCCACGAGAUUUCAAGCGUACCAGCGUAGAGAGGCUCUUCAGGGAGGCGGAAUUCGCCUUGGACUGGUGUUCCUUCAAAUUGCUGGAGCAAGAGCAGCAGAGUUUGCAGCACGAGAGCUGGGCGAGCCAAGGGCCCAGCGUGAACGUGAUUGGUUUGCCUGGAAUUUCCGAGCACACGGAGUGGCGGUGGGCCAGGUCGACGAAAGCCAGCAUUCCUACUAGAAGUUACUUCAACGAAAUCGUCACCACGAUCUUCGUGCCCACGAUACUGCUUCUCGUGCUGGCCGCGUUGCUCAGCACCGUGUUGUGCUUAAACCACGAGAAGAUCGAGAAGAGGGAAUCCACUCCAGGAGAAGGAGUCGGCAAUAAUAACAUACAAAUGGUCCAGUAUGCUGCCAAUGAACGAGGAACUCUAAAGUCGCUCUCUGCACGACCUUCCAGCCCUAACGAUUCUCUAUCGCCAAGUCCUAGGAUAUCCAACGAACGUUGCAAUCCGUACAUUCGGCCAAGUCCACCACCGUAUACGGGACCAAGCAACCUGGCUGGGGUUCGAGCCGAUUUCUGACUACACGAGGAGCCAGCUAAGACGUGGUUUUGCUGAGGGAAUAAAAUUUCUUGUCGCAACUAUGAGGAGAACCGCAAAAUUCGUCGGAACUGGCUCCAUGUCGCAUACUUCUUCGAUAAUGCUCGUCGUUGGCAAUAAAUAGCUUUGAUAAUCGCGCGAAACAUGACACUUAAUUUUACAUUAUUAUUUAUAGCAAACAGACUAACUUCAAGUUGCCAUUGAAAUGUUAUAACUUAUUUAUUUAUUAUAAAGCAUUGUACAUAUCAUUCGACAAUUAUUUAAACUGCUAUCAUAUUCGCCUAUUAUAAGUUACAGAAUUUCCCUGCCAAUUUUCUACCAAAUACCGGAUGACUGUAUUCAAGAAUUUUAAGUAUUUUUUUCUGUAAAUGAGAGCUAUUCAUUCAAUUUUUUUUUCAAUGAAACGUACAAAACUAUGAAUUAUACAACUGGUAGAUAUGUAGUAAUUAUACAUAAUGAUAAUGACA